AUGGAGGCCGACAAGGUGGAGUCGGCUCGGGUGGUGGGGCGGUGCAGCAUCGGGGGUGACACCGACGUGACGUCGCUCACGAUCCACAACGAGCGGUGGGGUGAUAGGCUCGCCGCAAGCGAGUACCUACCGUCAUUCUCACACGCGCUGAGCCUUGGCGAGAUGGACAACAUCGAGCUUAUGGGCAGCGGCCGGAGGAGGAAGGCGCAGAAGGGAGCACCAAGGAGAAGGUUGACGAUGGCUUCUACAGUGGUGAUCUCUAUGACGUCCUAG